UUUACACACCAUCUUGUCCCAAAGCCACACCAAAUUCUCUUUUAUAAGCAAGUCCCUCUUCUUUCAUUUUUCUCUCUUUCUCUUCCAUAUCUUCACUCAAUGGCAGCUCUGCAAUCUCUUGCAUUGGCCUCUCCGGUCUCACAUUAUUUGCACCAACCACGCUCUUUCCUAGGCUCAGUGUCUUCGCCUGUCCAUUGUGGUGUCCGAUCCUCAUUCAAUGGCCAGUCUUUCUGCCUGCCCCAUUCUCGUUUGGCUUCAAUUAGGCAUAAUAAAGCAUCGAGAUUUAUAACAAUGAUGGUCAAACCAACAAUCCAAUUUGUCCAAGGAACUGAUGAACAAACGAUACCAGAUGUAAGGCUAACCAAGUCAAGAGAUGGUACAAAUGGUAUGGCCAUUUUCACCUUUGACCAGCCUUCUGUUUUUGACUCUUCUGGUGAACUUGGUGAUAUAACUGGUUUUUACAUGAUUGAUGAGGAAGGAGUUCUCCAAUCAGUUGAUGUUAAUGCUAAAUUUGUAAAUGGAAAGCCAGCUCUAAUUGAGGCAAAAUACGUCAUGCGUACUCCUCGUGAGUGGGACAGAUUCAUGAGAUUCAUGGAGCGAUAUGCUAAUGCAAAUGGCUUACAGUUCAUCAAAAAAUAAGGCAAUGUAUGUCUCUUUCGAUUUUGCAGCUUUCACCUUAUUGGCUUUGUCUUUUUUAGUAAAGGAAAACCUCAACAUCUCCAUUAAUGUGCACACAGGAUGGUUGUAACCACCAUAUUCCUCCUCUCUUUAACAAAUUUUUGCAGUUCUUAGUGAUGUACAAUUUUAACUCUUCCAUUAUAUAAACGUACAAGCAAGAUGGCUCAUGUCCUGCAAUUUUUUUUUCCUGCA